AUGGAAGGCAGGCAUGUGUGCUCUGAGCGCUGCAAAGACCACGAGUGGUCUAAGAGUGGAGUAGUCCGGUCGCUUAAAUACACUUGUGACCGGGCUACUGAUAAGUGGGAGAAUUGGGCGAGGUCCCGAUCCCCGCCAGGUCCCUUGGCCUUACAGCUGUCGGCCCUGGCAGGGGAGUCCUUGGUCCCCACCUCUUUGGAUUUUAAAGUGCCACAGACAAUAAGUGGCGAAGAAGGGGCAAUUUACAGCCCUGAAGAAGCUGAAACAGAGAUGGAGGGGGAUGUGCCUAAAGUGCCAACGCAGCCACACAUAUUAAAAAGUAUUGUCACUACCAAGAUGGCUGUUACUACUGAUGUUAAUACCACCACCACCAAGAUGGCUACUACCACUUCCAAUAUGGCUUCCACCAAUAUAGAAAAAAAGUAUUUCUACUACAGUAGCAAUCCUAAUAUGCCACCUGAGAUGUCUUCAGUUCUGCCAGCUUCAGCUGACAUGUUAAUUGACCUCAUCAAAAAUAAAAGACUUGAAAUCAGGAAUGACUUUAAAAAAGAUUUUGAAGCUAUUUAUGGACAU